CGGUCCCCAGAUGGACUUCUUCCCAGCACCAGAGGAGGGAGGAGGACGCGCAAAACCAAACGGGUUCUAUCCAACAGAGAACUGGGCCGGACCGACCUGCAGGGCACCGGGAGGACGAGCCAUGUCCUUUAGCCCAAAGAUCUCCACCCCCUUCUCAGUCACAGACAUCCUGAGUCCAAUGGAGGAAACUUACCGCCGGUUCGGAGGGAUGGAGCCCGCAGCAGGCAGCCUGGGGGCCCCGCUGGGAGCCUACCGGCAGCCGCAGGGGCCCCAGCAGCACCAGCCUCACCUGCACCAUCAUCAUCAUCACCACCAUCUGUCCUCUUCCUCCUCAUCCUCAGCAGCUCUGGGACACGGAGCGGCCUACCACGUCCCCCACGCAGGGCCGCAGUUCUCCGGGGCCGUGGGAGGCUUCUGCAGCGGCGGGGAGCUGCCGUCCUACCAGGAGACGGUGCGGAGCGGCGGGGCGGCGGCCUGGUACAGCAGCCCGGAGCCCCGCUACCAGAGCAUCUCCAGGCUGAUGGGCGCUCCCGGCGCCGCCAACAUCCCCGGGAUGGUGGGGGGUCUGCCCGGGAUGGAGCCCGGCUCUAAGUCCGUGGUGACGCUCCACGCCGCGCCGCGCAGGAAGCGGCGCGUCCUCUUCUCUCAGGCGCAGGUGUUCGAGCUGGAGCGGCGCUUCAAGCAGCAGAAGUACCUGUCCGCCCCGGAGAGGGAGCACCUGGCCGGCCUCAUCCACCUCACCCCGAACCAGGUCAAGAUCUGGUUCCAGAACCACCGCUACAAGCUGAAGCGGCAGGCCAAGGACAAGGCCACCCAGCAGCAGCAGCAGGAGGCCGGCGGGCUGUGCGCGGCCUCCCGCCGCUCCUCCUCCGGUUCCCCGAUUUUCUCCAAAACCAACAAGAGCUGCAGGAGCGAACCGAACCAGGCGGUGACCCGACAGGGCGGUUCGGCCGACGCGGUGUCGCAGAGCGAGCAGGUCCAGAACCAGUUGUCGUCCACAGAGGAGCUGGAGGACGCGUCUCCCAGCCCGCCGCUCGGCCUGCAGGCGCACAUCAACAUGGCGCAGACGGACGCGGCGCUCAUCGAGUACACCAACAGCAUGCUCGGGUCCAAUUUACUGUACGGCCGAAGUUGGUAGAACUUAGAACCAGAAAAAA